CGGCCGGGCUGGGGCGGCUCCGAGGCUGCCCCCUCCGGGAGCGCUUCAGGGCUGCGGGACCGCCUCAGGGGCUCCGGGACCGCUUCAGGGGCUCCGGGACCGCCUCAGGGCUGCGGGACCGCUUCAGGGGCUCCGGGACCACCUCAGGGGCUCCAAGACCGCCUCAGGGGCUCCGGGACCGCCUCAGGGGCUCCGGGACCGCCUCAGGGGCUCCGGGACCGCCGCUCCUGUCCUGCGAGCCCCCGCGGACCUCGGGCGAGCGGGAGCCCUCCGGAGCCCUCUUCACCCACCUCCCCAGCAUGCGGACGCCGACGGAGAUGAUCGUGGGGCUGGUGCUGUGCCCCUGCGGGCUCCUGCUGACACUCACGGGCACGCUGGCACCCAGCUGGAGGCAGGUGAGCCUCAUACCUGACCAGCCCAGGGACGUCGUCUGGGAGCAGGGCAUCUGGGACAUAUGCAGGGAGCGGCAGAGCACCCAUGACCGCCUGUGCGGGCAGGCUGACGAGCUGGGCUACUUUGAGCAGGUGCCCGUGCGGGUGGCCCAAGGGCUGAUGCCCUCCUCGCUGGUGGUCACCCUGGUGGGCUUGGUGGUGGCUGCCCUGGGCGUUCGCUGCUGGCAGCCGGAGCCCCGGCACCUGGUGGCCGGCGUGGCAGGGCUGGUGCUGCUCCUCUCUGGGCUGAUGAGCCUCGUGCCCAGCUCCUGGUACACGCAGGAGCUGUGGGCGCUGCCUGCACCGUCUGGCAGCACUCUGACCGUCGGCUACAGCUUGGUACUGAGCUAUUUGGGAAGCUGUCUGGAGAUCCUGGGCGGGCUGGCCCUUGCCCUCAGCUUCCAUCACUGCAGCAAGGAGUGCAGGGCUCCCAAAUUGCCCCCCACCCCUGUGACAGAGGCUAGGUCGGGCUCCAGUAGAGCUUACAGCAAUCCCUGGGAUGUGCUGGAGGAUGAGCAAGAUGGACAGCACUGGGGAAGAAGCCCACCUUGUGACUCUGACUUGUAGCCCCAGCACUGGGACAGCAGUCACCUUCCUGGCACCAAGAGCAGUGCUGGCCCCUGCCUCUACUCCAUGCCCAUCUCCUGGGAUCCCUCUGAACAGGCUGGAAACAAGACCAAAGACCUCUUGAAUAUUUGCAACUUCCUCAAAAGCCUGCUGUGCUCCAGGAUCUACAACUGUGCCAAAGCCAUGCUGGAUUGAGCACCAGAGGUGGCUCCAGUCCCUCCGUGCUGCUUUUACCUCAUCUUCCUGUACCGUGCACAGCACCUUGGGCAGAGACAGCUUUGGUGUUCCCAUGUAAGUGACAUACAGGUCAGAACCUUCAGAGCUGGCAGUAGGGGAGGGGAGCACCUGUCUCACAUCUCUGCCCAGCUCAGGACUGUGCGAACAGCAAAAUAAAUUCAAAGCAAUGG